GCACACCUCGCCCCAAAAUCACGCAAAUUUUUUCGUGAUGUUUCCUCGAUGGCAUCACACCAUCGCGUCGGGUCGGGUCCCAAGCCCGCCCGUAUCAUCCGCCACCGACUCUUUUAUUCUUUUAUCUUUAUCGUUCCUCAGCGGACCCUACCUUUCCGCCGAUUCCACCCAUCGUUGAGCGCUUAUAUCCUUCCUCAUCAGAGAGUCAGGCAUAGCACGAGGUGAUCGCACUCGCACUUCCUCAUCCCUCCCGCUGCAAGGCUCCUGAGAUGGCUUACUAGGAAUUUAUCUCAACUCAGCCCCUGUGUUGUCGGAUCAGCUUCUUCAAGAGGCCGGGCGUGAUCAGCUCUUAUCAGAACCUUGCUUCGCGGCAAAAGCCAAGCGAGCAGGGCACCGCGAUUCCAGUAGUAGUAACACCUCGCAGCGUCAUUAACCGCGAACCGCGCACGCGCAUCGGCGACCAUGCGAAGGCCCUUCUCAACCGCGAUCGCGGCGUGCGUGCUCCUUCUCGCGCUCUUCUCGAGCGUCGCAGAUUCCAAGCCGUUGGUGCCAGUGGGGCUGCAAAAAGGGCGGUCCACCUUGAGCCCAUGGAGCCUCGGAGUUGACUCGUGGACUCAGCCUGCUGUGAAUCCCGGCACCUUUCUCGUAUUUAGGUGGUCUGACGCGGAGCGCGAUGUGCAGCAAUUUCCAGAUGAAGACAGUUUUGAUUCAUGCAACUUCUACAGUGCAGAUCCAUUAGGUCCUCCUAGGAAAGUGGGUAUGGAUGUGUACCUAGUCAGAAGGGCUGAGAGGGGAAAAACACUGUUUUUUGGGAGCAGAGUAGGAACAGACUGUUACAAGGGCCUCAAGGUGGCCAUUCGCGUGAGCUAAUCAUGCUCUCUUGGCAGGGGAAGGCAGUAAGAACUCAAUAUAGUACAGGAGGAGGACGGUACACAAUAUGCUUCUUCAGGGCUCAAAAUAGAAGGCAUCCAUUUGCGGUGCCUGGUUUAGGGGCUGAUCAGGGGAGCAUUGGCAUGGUAAAGACGGCUAAUGCCGUAGUGCAUAAGAAGUACCGCCGAACUAUGCUCCUAUGACCAAGUGUGCCACACUUAGCCCAUUACCUUAGCUAUGGCUGUGUCGAUUAAUCAUAGAUGCGCA